AUGGGCUACUCGAACUUCGGCGGGGGAAACAAUUUGGAUGACUCUCAUGAGCAGCUUAUAGAGAGAAAUCCGCUGCGGAAUGUAUGCAGCGAAACCGUGGCUGAUAAUGAUCAUGGUCAUCUCAAGAAACCCAAGAUAAACAAGUUCGCUCUCAUCUGCGCAAUUAUGGCUUCCGUGGCUAACGCCUUACUUGGUUAUGACAUUGGAGUGAUGAGUGGCGCGGUGAUCUACAUCAAAGACCAAUUCAGCAUCUCCGACGUCCAAGUAGAACUGUUGGUGGGAACCCUAAACAUCUACUCCCUCUUCGGCUCCAUCGCCGCCGGCCGAAGCUCCGACUGGAUCGGCCGCCGCUACACCUUCGUCAUAGCCGCCACUAAUUUCCUUGCCGGGGCCCUGCUUAUGGGCCUCUCCACCAGUUACACCUUCCUCAUGAUCGGCCGUUUCUUCGCCGGGAUCGGCGUCGGUUUCGCCUGCACGGUUGCACCCGUCUAUACCGCCGAAGUGGCCCCUGCAUCCUACCGUGGAUUCCUAACUACCUUUCCUGAGGUUUUUAAUAACGUCGGAAUUCUACUUGGGUAUGUCUCAAACUACGGAUUCUCGAAGCUUCCAGCAAACCAAGGGUGGCGAUUCAUGCUAGGAAUCGGGGCAGUCCCAUCUGUCAUCCUCGCCGUCGGCGCCUUAAUCAUGCCGGAAUCCCCUCGCUGGCUUGUAAUGCAAGGCCGACUCGCAGAUGCCAGACGAGUAUUGGACAAGAUUUCAGAUACCAUGGAAGAAUCACGACGCAGACUAGAAGAUAUCAAGGAAGCCGCGGGGAUCCCAAGAGACCACAACGACGUCGUUGCGGGCCAAAAACGAACCACCGGGGAAGGCGUGUGGAAAGACCUUCUAAUCCACCCAACCCGCCGCGUGCGCCACGUGUUGCUGUGCGCCCUAGGGAUCCACUUCUUCCAGCAGGCCAUCGGCUUCGACACCGUCAUCUUGUACAGCCCGAGAAUCUUCGAGAAAGCAGGAAUCACAUCGAACAACGAGAAGCUCCUGGCCACGGUGGCAAUGGGAGUAAUGAAGUUGGUUUUCGUCCUGGUGGCGAUGAUUCUACUGGACAAAGUCGGCAGGCGGCCGUUGCUUCUGACGAGCUACGCCGGGGUGUUCGUCUCGCUGGCCACGCUCGCAACCAGCCUCACGGUCAUCGAACGGGACCCGACCGAAACGGUUCGGUGGGCGGUCAUUGUGUCCGUUUCCAUGGUGCUGUCGGCGGUGGCGUUCUUCUCGAUCGGAGCGGGGCCGGUCACGUUGGUAUACAGCGCGGAGAUAUUCUCGCUUCGGUUGCGGGCGCAAGGGAUCGGUUUGGGGAUGGUGGUGAAUCGGGUGGUGAGUGGGGCGAUCUCGAUGACAUUCUUGUCGCUCUACAAGGCCAUCACGAUCGGAGGGGCGUUCUUCCUCUUCGCCGGGGUUUCGGUGGUUGGGUUCGUCUUCUUUUUCCUCUUUUACCCUGAGACGCAAGGGAAGACGCUCGAGGAGAUCGAAGGGCUUUUUGGAAGUUUCGUUCAUUGGAGAUCGAUCGGCUGA